GUCGCAAGGAAGCAAUGAAGGCGGCACAUUUCCCUCUAAUUUUACCGGCCACUGCUCUCUGUCGGCUAAAUCGCAGACACUUUCGUCUCCCUUUCUGUCUAACCAUUCAAUUCUCUCUCUCUCUCUCUGUCUCUCUCUCUCUUCAUUCACAGCUUAAACAACAACUAUACAUAAUACUACACUUGCCCAUAUAGCUUGUGUGUGUAUACAUACGUUUAUAUUUGCAUUCAAUUUCGUGCAAUUCAGAUUCUACGCUCAAAAACUCUCCAUCUGUGAUCUGGGUUUUGCUUUCCGAGUUCCGAAGAGACAGGAAUGAUGGUUGGAGAUAUGACAAAUGAUUCAGGUGGAGAAAUUAAGGUAAGUUUUGGUUAUCACUGCAACGGAAAGCUUGGUAACUCACAUGACAUGGCCAAUGGAUAUGAAACUUCACUUGGGAUUAAAUUCCAAAGUGCCAGCGGUUCCUUCUCUUGCCUAUCUGUGGCUGCCUUAAGUGCCAAUGCCACACUCGCCAACACAAAUAUCUGCAAUGGCUUAAUCGGGGAAGAAAUACUUCCAACUUUGGACUCGCCCAAUUCAUUUCGAAGAAUUCCUUCUUCACCCUCUAGUAUGAAGUUGGAUCUAUUAUCAUCUUCUCUCCAAAGUAGUAUGUCAAACUUAAGUUGUAGUCCUUCCACUCCAAGUGAACCAUCUGAAUAUGAUUCAUUUUCGUUAAAAUCCCUGAGUGCUCCUUCCAGAAGUGAAGGUUUCCUUAAUGCUAUGGAAGUACAAGUGGCAGGUGGUGCUGCUGGUGAAGACAGAGUUCAAGCUGUUUGUUCUGAAGAAAAUGGAUGGCUUUUUUGUGCAAUCUAUGAUGGGUUCAAUGGAAGAGAUGCGGCUGAUUUUCUCGCUGGAACAUUGUAUGAGGCCACUGGGUUCUACCUUAACUUACUGGACUGGGAAAUGAAGGAAGAAUUGGUAGGAGAUUCUGAUUCUUUGGAUUCAGAUUAUUCCCUCCAUUAUAUUUUGGAAGAUGAUGGCAAAACUGCAAGAACCGGUAAUGGGGAUUCAUUUAUUGACUGUUUCACCAAGGGACCUUCCUCUGCUAAAAUGGAACGAUCAUCUCAUUCAUUCAAGCAUAAGGUGCUUGAUAGCCUCCAACGUGCUGUUAAUCAGGCUGAGAGUGACUUCUUGUACAUGGUUGAACAGGAAAUGGAGGACCGCCCUGAUUUAGUAUCUGUUGGGUCUUGUGUCCUGGUUGUACUUCUACACGGGAAGGACUUGUAUACCCUCAAUUUAGGUGAUAGCAGAGCUGUAUUAGCAACUUGUGGUGAAGGAGUUGGUAUGAAUGGGAAGAAGCUGCAAGCUAUCCAGCUCACUGACAGUCAUACAGUGGACAAUGAAGUCGAAAAAAAUCAACUUAUUUGUGAUCAUCCAGAUGAUCCUGCAACAAUUGUAGCUGGAAGAGUAAAGGGAAAAUUGAAGGUCACUAGGGCAUUUGGAGUUGGAUACCUGAAAAAGAAAAUUUUGAAUGAAGCUUUGAUGGGCAUUCUUCAAGUUCAUAACCUUUUAAGUCCUCCUUAUAUCACCAUACAGCCAUCUCUAAAUGUCCACGAAAUCUCCAGCUCUGAUCACUUUGUUAUACUUGGGAGCGAUGGGUUGUUUGACUUCUUCAGAAAUGAUGAGGCGGUAAAUCUUGUACAUUCUUAUAUCUUGCGCAAUCCUUCUGGUGAUCCAGCAAAGUUUCUAUUGGAGCAGCUUGUAACUAGAGCAGCUGAUUCUGCAGGUUUCAGUACAGAAGAAUUAAUGAGUAUACCAGCUGGUAGGAGAAGGAAAUACCAUGAUGAUGUAACUGUUAUUGUAGUCAUCCUGGGAACAAAUAAGCGCACUGCAAAGGCAUCAACUUGCCUGUGAGCUCUUGAUUUUACCAUUCAGUUUUGAAAUGCAUUCAACACCUGAUUGAGCACCAUUGUACAAAAAUAUGGGAGGCAAUUCCAUUUUUCUCUGCUAUAAGAAAAAGAAUUCUUAUCCUGAAAAUGGUGAAAAGGUGAGGGUUGGCAAAGAAGCUGAAUGGAUUGCAGCAACCUUGUUGCUUAGAACAUUGCCAGUAAAUGGUCUUGUAAACUUAAUAAACCUUUUUCUCUUCAACAUGUUAAUACCAUUCCAAUUGUUGGUGCCCAUCGUUGGCGCUGUUUCGUGUAGCUUAUGGGGGCUGCUUGUGGUUUAGUUUAGUUUAGUUGUUUUUUUAUUUACUUAUUUUAUUUUAUUUUUUUUAAUUUGAGAAUUUGUACCAGACUAUUUUGUAAAACUUUUGCGUACAACUUAUGAUAUAAAAAAUAACUUAAAUAAGUUGAAAAAUAUUGGGAAGUUAGUGAGGUAUGCUUUUAGCUUAUACUUUUUGGUUUUCCGCUUUCAGUUUAUGAAAAGUUGUACCAAAAAAGCCAGUGAUAGCUUCUUGGCCCUUCAAGCUUCUACAAGUUAAUUACUUGUUAAUUAUUUGUGCUAUCUUUAUUUGAUUGAAUUUUAUUUUGUGCCCACAAAUAAAUUAAU